UCUUAUGAUACCACUCCUUGAGGAGGCCGAAAUUGAUUUGUCUCUGAUCGAGCCGAAAGGUAACAGCUUUUCCUAAUCUGGCCCUCCUCAUUGCGAAAUCAGCAAUGAAAAAAUUUUUCUGAGAAUUUUUUCCGAAAAUUGGGCGAAAAUGGCUAAGUUCCUCGUACUCCCUUCGUCCAUUACUCCAUGGUUGGAGAGCCCAGCCACUUAAAUUUAAGCUAAUAGGCUUCAUGGGACUUACUCGUAUCUAUAGCCAUCGACGAUAAGCCAAGAUGGAGUAUUACAAAUUUUGAAGAAGAUCUCGCCUCGAGCGAUGGCCUUUUGGUAAAUAUGGAGAAUAAUGUCAAUGACUUUAUGAAUCAAAAUGGUGUUAAGCCAGGAUUCUUAGAGGAAAGCAAGGAUACAGAUUUAAUAAACUUUGAAAUAUCCAUGGAGAGUACUGAUAACGAGACGAAUGAAGCCACCCAAAGUUGUCAGGUCAAAAAUAUAGAAGCUAUUCAUCCAAAGGAAGUAUGUGAUGAAUCCCAAAUUGGGCAAGAGAAGAUCGAAAAUGAGGCUUCGCCAAAUGAAGUGAAAAAGAGAUGGGGUAAAAAGGAAGACAAAAUAUUAUGGAAGACUAUAAGAAGAGAUAUUUCUCAUGGUGUCUACACUCUGGAAAUUCUAAAGAAUAUUCCAUUGGCAGAAGCAAAAGACAACAUCAACAUAAUCCAAUUAAGCGACUCGAUAGGUUGGAAGACGACCAACGCGAAGUUGCUUGAAAGAAUUCAAAAAUCCAUCUCCGAUAAUUUCUCCGCAAGGGAAGAAAUCCUUUUAAGAAAGUUAAUCAAAAAGAAGAGCUACAAAAACCUGGACUAUGAAGCCAUCUUGUCUCACUUUCCUGGGAAAUCGAAGGUAAGAAUCGUGCAAGUAUGUCAGGACUUCUGUGAGGCUAAGAAGAUGAAGAAACUCACCGCUGCAAAAAUUAUUUAAAUUCCUUCCAUAACUUGUUUGUCUACUCUUGUAUCCUCCAGGAGGGUUUUUGGGAAAUUAGCUGAUAUGUAGAGAUCCUAAGAGAAUUAUGACGGGAGCUCUUG